UGUAGGCACUGGAGAGGCUGUACUCAACAAAAACAUCUAGUUUUGAACAGUUGUUAGUGUGUUUAACAGGAGUCCAUUAAAGUCGGUUGAAUAUUCUUCUAAAAUGAGUUCUAAAAAGAUACUGUCGUAACGAAAUGUAAUUUAUUGGCUAUAGACUGUCCCUUAAUUUUGUGUGAAUAAUAAAACGAGGCUAACAAAAAAUAGAGAUGCAUUUAGUGAUUUAGCCUAGGUAUCGAGACUGGAUCGUGCAAUUAUGCCAGUGAAGGAAAAGCAACCGUGCCUUGGGAAAAGUAUUCAUCUGUUGAACAACUUGAUCCUAAUGUCUAUUGUUGUCUCUUGGGAUGAAGUAAUGGCACAGAACGUUCCAGGCCUGGUUAAGUUUUCACUGGGUCAGUUUCAGAACUUGUCUGUGACACAGAACUUUUCUGUGGAGGCUGUGUUAACCAGAAUCCCAGGAGACAUCACCCACAUCAUCUUCCAGUUUCACAGUCAGUACCGCAAUGCAACCGUCUCCUAUGAUCAGGAAUACUACAAAGAGGAUUUGCUCCAGGCACCCAGAAGUGAAAACAUGAGUUUUCUUGAACAGUCAAGAGAUAAGACCCCUACUUCAAACACAUCCCUGACUGCCCACGAUGUAGGACUGGUUUCCGCUCUCCGUCUUCAGCAGAACUCAUUGCAGUGGUACAUGGAGUCUCCUGAAAGCAAACCUGUUUCUGGCAUGGCAGUCAUUCUGCCCUACAAAGCGAGAGAUCCAGUUCCCGGAGGCUGUAACCUGGAGUAUAACCUUGACAUAGAGCCUAAUAUUUAUCUGCACUAUAAUCUGUUUGAGACAAUCAUUCGGUUUGCACCAGCAAAUAUAGGCUAUGCAAGGGGACAGACAGCUCCGUCCUGCAACGUCAGCAGUGGGCAGACCUCCAGAAGGCGCCUCGAGUAUGAUAUCUAUCAGUACUUCCUUCCUGAGAGCGACCUCUCUGAACAGGUCUUCAUAGGACACAUUCAGAAAAUGGCAAACAUACACGAGGUGGUAGCCAAUGGAAAAAAACUGAUGACCUUGAGUUCAAAUGACCAGCCCAUGGUGUCCUUCAGUUCUCUUCCUGGUCAGGGUGUGAUCUACUCCAUCAUAGUGAGGGAUCCUGUUUUUAAUACCUCUGCCUCCUAUGUGCCUGUUCACACCUAUGCCUGCAGCUUUACCUCCACGCUGGAUAACUGCUACACUCUAGGAAAGAUUUCUACAAAGGUCUUCUUUACCAUAGCUGGUAUGGCUGGCCUUUUCAUUUGCUUCUUUGGGCAUAGCUUCUUCAAAUCUGAACUCUUUUGUAUGGGUUUUAUCUUCACUGCAUUCCUAUUCUUCUUGCUUAUCACAAGAACAACCCCCCUAAGCUAUGACAUGCGGCUGUCCCUGACAGCAUUGAUGGGGGUGAUGGGUGGAGUGCUGCUGGUGCUCUGCUGGUGGAGAUUCGGCUCUCCUCUCCUCUCCAUUUUGAUAGUCGGCCUUAUACUGGGGUUCCUCUUUUCAUCCAUCUUCUUCUUCACUCCAAUAGGAGAUUUUGAAAUCUUCCGCAGUGAUGUGGUUUUCUGGUUGACCUUUACUAGCAUUGCUCUAGUUGUCCCUUUAAUAUGUGUCAGGUUCCCUAGAGAGGGAAACAUAACGGCGUGCGGAGUUGUUGGAGGAUAUACAGUGAUUUUAGCUGUGGAUACUUACACUUACACCAGCCUCACCUACAUAACAUUAGACAUCCUGAAGCGAGCCCUGAACAACAACUUCAGCAAAGCCUUCACAAACGUCCCUUUUCAAGAUAUUGAUUUCAUUAUGAUUACCGUGUGGGCUGUCCUGGCUGUCAGCGGAAUGGUCCUUCAGCUCUACAGAGAGAGGACCAGGCCAGUCUUCCCUCCGAGCCCCUACAUGAUGUGGAAACAAGAGAGGGAGCGUCGGAAAACCAACAUCCUGGACCCCAGUUACCAUGUCCCGCCACUGCGAGCACGCUUGAAAAGCAGAGUGGAUGAGAUGUUUCGAAGGGAAGAGCCUGCUGGAGAGAGAACACCACUGCUUUUAUGACCUGUUUGGCUGUUCUUAUGACAUAUUAUUGAACAGAAAAAAACUGCAAUGAAUAGAGGAUUCCACAAGGUGGUGCUUUCAACUACCAUCUCUUCUUGUGACUUGCUAGAGAGACAGUGUAACACAGCUGCCACUGCCUGCUUCCCAUCUUUCUGGUUUAUAUGGUUACCUGCAGGUAGAUCUCGGCUGAAAAAAACGGGAUAGUGGGAUUUAAACUUAAAACAUGAUCUAGAGGAUCAAAGCAGCCACACCAGCUAUUUAAAAAAGCUUACUGUAUUCUUAGCCCCCCCAAGUGCCUUCCCAUCCAUGAAUUUUACCUGUCCAAAAUCACUCCAAAAUCAAGCAGAAGAGGGUGAAUAUUACGAAGGGGCAGGUGGAAUAGGUGGGUGCUAGUGCCCAAGAUGCUAGAUGAGGAAUGAUGGAAUCCAGCCGUCACACACAGGUCACUUGUAUUUGAGUGCAAGGAAAUGAGAGCUCUUGUAUCUUCAGUAGUGUACCACACUGGAGAGAGUAGCUGCUGGAAGUAUUUUAGAUCACGUCUACUUAAUCCCAUGGCUGGAGCCAGGACACUUGUUAAUGCCAGACUAUUAUGGCUGUAGGUAAAAUUUGUGUUGUGCAGGGUUCAAAAGUGAAUCCCAGUAUAUGCAAAAUGAAUUAAAUAACCAGAAAACCUCCAUGUGUUUUAUAGUUAAGUCCAAGUGGCUCAUUGGUAUUGUACCUCGUAAAGUAUGUUCUUAUGAAAAACCUAGCACAAUUGUUUAGUAAAUCUAUAAAUCACUUAAUAGCAAAUAAUGUUGUCAUUUAUAUUUAUUGAUUUGUAAAAUGUGUAUAUAGUUAAGGUCUAAAACUGCAUAUCAUUCCUUUAAAAUGAUCAAGUAUUUAAAAUAUGCCUUUAAAAAAAAAAAAGUACAUUUCAUUAUUUUCUAAGUGGUGUGUUUAUGACACUGGUUCCAAAAUGAUACUUGUAAUUCUGCCAUGCACCUAUGUUGACAUUUCUUUACUCUUGUCUAAAAUUGAUAAAUAGUUUUUGUUUUUACAGUGA